AAAUCCCCUUCCAUUCAUGAAUAUUCAUUCAUGAAUCCCUGUCCCCAUUUUCCCUGAUUUUAUUCCAUGAAAGGACUCAAGCACAUGACUGCAUUUUCUAGGAUUUGUGGAAGAAAUAGCUUAGUAUUUUCCUUUGUAUGAGUGCCUUUAAAUUUCGGCCAUAGGCCUAUUGUAAUGCUCAGAUUUUUAUUCUUCAUUUCAAGAUAGAAAUACACUGGUUGUAUUCUGUUUUCAAAUCCUAAUUUCUAUAUCUUAAGGUUGGUUUCCUUAAGUGUGAGUGUUAGGUUCUAGUUAUUUAAUUGAGUGUGUAAUAUCUUAAUUAAAUUCUAGACUCAAACCCCAAGUGAGGAUAAGAGUGUGUUAUAUCUCUUAAAACCUACUUGGUUUUUAUCCCUUUUCCCCUCUUAUUUUCCCUUCCAAAUUUUCGGCCCUCCUAAAAAGCACAACCAGUAUCCCCCUUUUUCUCCCCUAUUCUUAUGCCUUUAAACCAUCUUAAAAAUCAACCCUUCAUCCUCCUCCAUAUACUCGACCAGUCCACUCCCCUCCCUUUCCAAACCCAAGCUUAAAUAUAUCAUCAUAGACAGUUGUUCAGUUCACCAUCUAGGCUAGUUACACAUUCGAACAGAAAAAUGAGCUCGAGCACAGGAAACUUGGCCAUGGGGAAACGAAUUCGGAAAAUGAGACCGCUCUGUUGCUGCGUCUCUCCUCGAUUCAAGCCUCUCGUUCCUCAUCCUAUCUUCUCCCGGUAUGAAGAGGACACGUGGACUGAGGUUGCCAAGUAUUUGGAUGGGAAAUCUCUGAUAAUGCUUGCAGCAACUUGUAAGUGGUUCCAUCAUGUCAUCAUGGUUGAGAGUGUUUGGAAGUAUGCUUGUUUGCGUGACCUUGAUGUGCCUGAUCCUGGAAAAGUGGGCUGCAAAUGGAUCCAACUCUAUGCUACAGCCUUUGGUGGUAGUCAUUCUUACAUGUUCCGCCAGAAGGACAAGCACAUAGACUGGAUGCGCAUUGGAGCUUUUGUGUUUGACUCACAAGCUGCACUUCUCACAGAAAAUCUAAUUGCCCCCUUUAGAAUCCCAAAAGAAGAGACAACACAAGAAAUGGUGGCUCAGAAUGGCAAAUGUGUGGUAAGUCCUAUCAGGAGUGGCAUCUGGCUUGCGGAUUUACAACUUGUUCAUUGCCCAGUUUGUGACCUCAAUACCUGCGAUGGAACUAUGCAAACACUAGAUGCAAGGCACAUUGAGUUGUUCUUGAGUGAGGGGUACCAGGAUGGGAGUUGGGACUAUGAGUUGCUGGGGACCCAUGAGGUGAAGAAGAGAGCAGAGGGAGCAACUGCUGCAAUUUUCGAUAUCAAACAUCUCCAAGAUCGCACCACCCAAAUGGUCCUUGACUUUAAGUCAUGGAAGGGGAAGGAGAAUGACUGGCAGCCUAAAUCUAUUGUAGCCCGGCACGCAGUCGCAAUCAACACCAACUUACAGUUAAAUGAAGGCCUUCAGGUGAAAUACCAUGGCAUGAAGGCAGGAAGCAAUGAGCUGCCGAUUGCCAACCCUCCACAUGCAGCCAAGAAAGGGGGUGGGGUGUCCAUACGCUUCCCUUUCGGCUUACAAAACGAGGACACGUUCAUGAGCUGCGCCUACGAUCCGUUGUUCACUCUGAGAUGCAGCAGCAAUUCCAGCAGCAGCAGCAGCAAGGUGGUUCUGAACCUCCCCUGUUGUGGAGACUUCUUCGUCCGCGGCAUCGACUACCUGGCCCAACAAAUCACACUCUACGACCCGAAGAACUGCCUCCCCAAGAGGUUCUUGAAUCUGGACGGCCUCUCCUCUUCCCCCUUCGUGCCUUUGCAUUACCGCAACUACACCUUCCUCAAGUGCCCCAAGCACGCCUCCUUGAAGAAUGCCGCUAACGUCUCCUCCUUCUCCGUCAUACACUGUCUCAGCAACUCCACCGUCUCCGUGGUGGCGACUUCUUCCCCAAACGUCACGAGAGCCUUGAGUGAGAACGCUUGCGAGACGUACGCUGCUGAUGUGCGGGUCCCGGUCUCGGAUGACUGGGUUUCCUCCUCUUCCGGUGGUGGUGGUGGUGAUGAUUUCAGGCUGGGAUGGAGUUCUCCCGAUUGCAGGUCGUGCGAGGCCGAGGGUGGCGUCUGUGCAUUUGCUCCCUAUGCAGAUUAUACCAUCCAGUCUGUGGGUUGCAAUUACUACAACUCCACCCUACCUCCUUCGCCCGGAAGCUCGGCAAGGAAAAAGGGGACAAGGAUUUUCUUGAUAAGUGUGUUGUGCAUAAUCUUCCCUGGUGCUAUAUUCAUGGCCUGCACGGGGUGCUUCGCGUACAUUAGGGCGCAUCAGCACUACAGACACCUGAUACGCUGGUCUCACACCAGCGGCGGUGGCAGGACCAGAGCAGUGCAGCCGAACCCAGAUGUGGGGACCACAAGGACUGCUCCCCAAACACGGCGAGGAGAGCAGAACCCAGAUGUGGGGACCACAAGGACUGCUCCCCAAACACGGCGAGGAGAGCAGAACCCAGAUGUGGGGACCACAAGGACUGCUCCCCACACACGGCGAGGCGCGUGGAACCCCCUGGCAAGCCCUCAACGAGCCCUACACAGCCUGUCAGAGCAAGAGACAUUCGCCCCCAGACGGACAAACAUAGACAUCAGACUCUACACUAUAAGGGUGUACCGCGAAGAAGAUGGGGGGAUACUCCCAAGGCCGGGGCAGAACACUUGUGCCAUUUGCCAAGAAGAUUACCAGCCGGAACAGGGACUAGGGUUGAUGCAUGGCUGUCAGCACUCCUUCCAUGUCCACUGCCUUGCCACAUGGUUGCAAGCCAAGUCCACAUGUCCCAUUUGCAGGAAUUCUCCAUUUUGCCCCCAAGAUAUUGUAACCCUUGGGACGACUGAUAUGGCGAUUCAACGGUCACAGACCACUGGCAGCAGCAAUUGGAACUUUGACUUUUUUUGGACUCCUCUCAGAAACAAUACACCUAUGGUGUUUGAAGACGAUGGCAGGCAGCUUCCAAGUGCCAACCCUUACAUGUCCGCUUUGUAGGGAAUCCCCUUCCUCCAAUUGUUGUGUUCACAAAUACCUGGCCUGAUGCAAUUUUGUAAAAGCAGCUAUUUGCAACUCUGAACUAUCAUUUAUAUAUGUCACUAUGAGCACUUCAACCCCUCUUUUCUGUCCAGAAAAGGAGGAUAUUCUUUCAACUCUAACAAAAAGAUUAACUAAUU